AUGUACUACAUACCGAAUUUCAUCGACCCAAAGGAAGAAGCAGAAUUGUUGAACGCAAUACCAUCGAAUCGGUGGAUCCAACUACAACAUCGUCGCCUGCAGACUCAUCCAUCCUCACUUUCAAAAAGCAACACACUUCUCGAAGCACCGCUGCCUUCUUGGCUCGUCAAUCCGGUCAUCUCAAGAUUCAAGUCACUUGGUCUGUUCAGUGACAGUCCGCAUCACGCGCCUAAUCACGUCUUGAUCAACGAGUACAACCCAAAUGAAGGAAUCAUGCCACAUGAGGAUGGCGCAGCAUACUAUCCCAUCGUAGCUACUGUAAGCCUUUCGAGUGCUUUGUGCCUUGAUGUCUACGAAAAGAACCAAGAUGGAGAUCAAGCUCGCCCCAGUUCAACACCCAAGUGGCGAGUAUUGCAAGAGCCACGCUCUCUUCUUAUCACCUGUGGAUCCGCAUACACCGACACUCUACAUGGCAUUUCAGAAGCCGAGGUUGAUGAGGAUUUGGGACCCGAUGCUGUGGCUAAUUGGACUCUGCUCGGCGACAAUAAAGUCUUUGUUGACAAUGGAGGCCAGAACGUGCGCACGACUCGAAUCAGUCUCACGUACAGAGAUGUUCUCAAGGUCUCGAAGGUCGGAGCAAGAAUAUUAGGCAGGCCGAGGGGCUGA